GACAGUAAAAAGGCGUCUUGUUUACAUUCUGCUUUUCGGCAUCGGUUUAGUCUCGUUUCGGUCGGAAAAUGUUUGAAAUUUUAUCUAUUAAAAUUUGAGUAAAUUUACAUAAAUCGAACUGCAAUCAAUAAAUUACUAGUCAAACGAUGUAAUAUUAGUGUUUAGUGUUAGUAGGGUCUACUAAGAAUCAACUAAUGUUAAGUUAAAGGUGCUCCGUAAGCAAACUGGAUCUACGCGAGUGACAGAAAGUGUAGAAUGGCCGUCUAGGAAUAUUACAAAUCAUGACUUAAGCUAGGUUCAAAAUCAAAGACUGAUCGCGUAGCAAGAUGGUGCACUUCUGCAAGCUAUGCCAGCUGCUCCACAAGAGCAUGGACUUCAUCGAGUGCGAUGAGUCCAACGUCUGGCUUCUGGAGGCCGUCUUCAAAUUGAAGAUAGUCCCUAUCAAUGGCCGGGUGGAGCCGAUAUGCCAGAAGUGCAUCAACAAGUACAACAAGGUGAUGAAGCGCAAACGGAAGGCCAAUGGAGGAUUUCCGAUAUCGCAGAGUCAGAUAUUCCCCAUCACGACCACUACGGUGACUUCGUCAACUCAGCUGGUCAUAUCCGGUUCGAUGAUGAACGAAGUGAUGCAGAGGCAACUACAGGAACAACCGCAGAUGUCGCUGGCGACGGCUGCGCAACUUCGCGAGGAAGACUCGUCGACGGAAACGUCGAUCGUGACGGCGAACAGCUUCCAGUUGAACAUUACGGGGGCUGCUGCAGUGUACAGGACUGCAGGAAAGGAUGGACGAAGUAGCUCCGAUGAUGAGAGUUCCGUCGAGAUCGUCAGCGACGUGGAAGACGAUGAGGAGGAUGAGAACGAUGCAGAAGGCGAUAGCAGCGAGAGUAGUGACUGCUGUAGCGAUACGGACGGAAGUAGCUACAGUUAUAGCUCUAGCAGUAGUACUGGGAGUUCAUCGCUGACGGGAGCUAGUUUGCCGGUGGACGAUCAGGGAGAGUUGGAGAAUGAAGCGGAAACGGAAUCGUUGAGCUCUUUCAUGGAACGCGAUGACGGUGAGGCGAACGGGCAACUGGAGUCGAUUGUGGAGCUGAAGGAUACUGUCCUGAUGGAACAGGCCAAGGCGACCGUUCAGCAGGAGAAGAAAUCGAAGAAGAAACGAAGUAAAGAGGCGGGACCUAAGCAGCAUGAUUGUGAGGUUUGCGAGAAGACUUUUACGAAGGCAAUCUACUUGAAGGUUCACAUGCGGACCCAUACCGGCGAGAAACCGUUCGCAUGCGAUGUGUGCUUCAAAAGCUUCACGCAAGCAUCCAGUUUGAAUACGCACAAGCGACUGCAUUCCAAUAUAAAACCGUUUGUUUGUCAGAUCUGUGGAGCCGAGUAUACCAGUUCGGGAAACUACAGGGUUCAUCUCCGAACGCACACCAUGGAGAAGCCUUACAAAUGUAGCUAUUGCGAGAAGACUUUCAACCAACUGACGUCGAAGAAGCUGCACGAAAGGGUUCAUAACAAUGAGAAACCUUACGUUUGUCAGGUUUGCCUGAAAGCUUUCACCAACAUCAGCAAUUUGCACGUACAUUCCCGGACGCACAGCAAUCAGCGGCCGUAUUCGUGUGAUCAGUGUGGCAAGCGAUUUGCCCAAUCACAAACCCUGAAAACGCAUGUCCUAUCAACGCAUGCCGCGGAACGGCCUUACAAGUGCGACCUUUGCCCGCGGUCGUACGCCACGCACUCCAACCUCAGAAAUCAUCAGAACAGUCAUCUGAAGGAAAAGCCUUUCAUCUGUAACGAGUGCGAUCGCCGAUUCACGCAGAAGAGUACCCUGAAAACCCAUCUGCUGUCGCAUCGCAAAGAGAGAGACUUCAAGUGCGUUGAUUGUGACAAAUGUUUCCCAACUCAGGGCGUCCUAAACACCCACUGGAGGCAGGUUCACAACAAGAAACCACCCGAGUCGUCGCAGCGAGAGUUCAACUGCAGCGAGUGUGAUCGGGUGUUCAAAUUCAGGGCCCGUUUUGUUACCCAUAUGCGUACGAUCCACCACAAGGAGGUCGACGUAGUGCCAAAGAAGGAAGAUGCGACUGUAUUGGCUACCGAUGGUCAAUUCAAUGGAGAAGUCGCUGAAAAGUCGAUGACCCUGGGAUUCGACGAAAUCCCGCCGGAUCUGGUUCCGGAUCUGCAUUUCAAUUAGUUUCCUAUUACCAAAAUAAAAUAUAUCGAGUAUUCUAGCACGGAA